AAAACAAACAAGAUCGACUGUGAAACGGUGGUUGGGCAGGAUUAUCGGUUUCGGUUGGUUUAGUUGUGCUGAUACAGUGACGGACAGAGGACGAGGAAGAGGAAGAAAAAGAGAAGAGAGUUAGUGUAGUGGAGGAUGAUGCGUUGAGAUUGAUAGAUACAGAGAUACAUAGGCUCUCUCUCUCUGUCUAUCAAUUAAACUUCCACAUGGGAAGACUCUUCCUCGUUGAAUUGGACGGCAGGGCUUACCGAUGCCGAGUUUGCGAUUCCCCUCUUGCCCUCGCCGAUGAUGUUCUCUCUCGGACAUUCAAUUGCCGUAAAGGGAGAGCAUAUCUAUUCAGCAACGUGGUUAAUGUUACACUUGGGAAUGAGGAGGAGAGAUUGAUGCUUUCUGGUUUGCACACUGUAGAAGAUAUUUUCUGCUGCUGUUGUGGCCAAAUUCUUGGCUGGAAAUAUGUUGUUGCACAUGACAAGAACCAAAAAUACAAGGAAGGGAAAUUCGUGCUUGAGAGGUGCCUGUGUUAUUUUAUGAUUGGUUUACAUAUUAUAUCUCUUUUCUCUGUAAUCAGAAUUGUAAUUUUUAAAGUGUCUAUAUCUAAAAUAUGUCAGAUGGAGGAUAGACGAGGAUGUGGCCGACGAAUUGGAUCUUGAUGCUCGUCCUGGUUCAAGCGAUGCAGAAAAUCUUUAGGAAUAAAUAUAUUGCAUUUUUAUAAAAUGUAAAUAAAUGCUAGAAACCUGGCUGUGCAAUCAAAAGAGUUGAACAAAGUAUUAUUAUUUUUGGUUUACAAAUAGUUAUAAUUUUAGAAGAUCAUUAGAGUAAUUUUUAGUAUAAAUAUUAAAUUUAACUUCUGGUUGCAAAUAAAUACUUUAAGCUUAAUUUUUUAUGGUAAUAAUAUUUAAGUUAUAAUUUUAAAA